AUGAAAUCGAAUCUGUAUAAACCAUGUCAACCAGGUCUAACAAAGGCCAUUUCUACAUCAUUGCUCAAAGCAUCAUAUAAUGUAUUGUUAAAUUUGGAUUCCGAAUUAAAUUUGAAAGAUAAUGAAAUCGGUGACAAAUGUAAAAGAAUUUUUAACAACCUUAAAUCGGACCUACCAGUUAUAUACGAUGCAAAAAUAACUGAAGAUGAGCAUCAUUUUCAUUAUUUAAACCCCAUCAUAAGACCAAUUUUCAAUGAUACUCAUGAAAAUUAUAAACUUCAUCUAAACAAAAGUGUUGACGGCUCAUUGGAAAGACCUGACUUUAGUUGUCAGAAAUUAAUAGAACUAAUAGGACAGAAAUUAUCAGAUGAAUUCACAGAAGCAUACGUUGAAAAGAUUUCGACGAUGAUUGAAUCAUUUAUUCUAUUCACGCAAUAUGAAUUCUUUUUGUAUCGAGUACUUUAG